AUGGGUAUUCUUGGUGAAGUGCACCGCCUCGGUGUAGCAGCGUGGGCUCCCAGCGAGUCCCUCUGCGGUAGUUGGUUGGCUGUUGCCGGGCUUGCCGAUCCCGGGGCACGCUGUCGGGCGCAACUCGAGGUGUACGAUGUUCUGGGCGGAGCCGCUGCCCAACGAGCUAUUACCUCUGUAAAGAGUCAGGACGGGUCGGAACUGAGAGCCCGUGGGAUUUUCGAAACUAGUGAAGGUGACGGGAACGAUGCGUUUCGCUCGCUUGGAGCAGCGGCCGGCUUUGCGGCACUGCGGCGGGUGGGCGGCUGCGAACUCAGCAUCGGCGUUCGCCAACUUGCCUGGGGCGCUGCAGGUCGUGGAGCGUACAGCUCCAAGGGACUCUGUGCAGCUGGCCUGGAUAACGGGACGGUCCAGCUUUGGGACGUCGAGGCGCUGGAGGCCCCCGAGUCGAACGCCUCCACAGCCUUGGUGUUCGGUCAGUCAACCCAGCAGCAGCAGCAGCAGCAGCAGCAGCAGCAGCACCACGGUCCAGUGACGGCACUUGAUUUUAACCCUUUUGUACCGACACUGCUGGCUUCCGGGGGGCCCGAGAACCUCGUCCUCAUCUGGGACUUGAACGAACCGCGUACUCCAGCAGUACAUGCCACGGCGUCGAACGAGACGGAUGCCACAGGAGCGGCACCCGGCGUGCAAACCGCAGCCCUGCUGGGUGCACCCAGCCAGGUUGGUUGCCUCCAGUGGAACAACCGGGUGCAACACAUCCUGGCAGCCGGACUCGGCAAUGGAAACACCGUGAUCUGGGAUCUGAAACAACAACGUCCAGUGUUGGGGUUCUCGGACCCAACCGCGCGCACACGGGUGAGCGCACUCGCUUGGAACCCCGAAGUAGCCACACAAAUAGCGGUCGCUUCUGACGACGACCGUAACGAUGUCGUGAAGGUCUGGGACUUGCGUAACGUGCACGCGCCGCUCCGCGAACUUCACGGUCAUCAGCGCGGAGUGACAGCGCUCUCCUGGUGCCGACAAGACCCCGCGCUGGUGCUCUCUGCCGGCAAAGACGGCCGGGUGCUCUGCUGGAAUCCACUUGUCGGAACUGCUUCCGUAGAUGCGGACGUGGUGUUCGAACUACCGCUGUCGGCGAAUUGGAGCUUUGCCCUACAAUGGAGUCCGGCGAUUCCGGGGCUUUUCUUCACCUGCGACCUGGGAGGCCUCGUUACCGUGUUCUCGACUGCGGAUCGAGUCAUGGCGGGAGCCGGCGCUCAGUCGUACGCCGGUUCACGAGAUCAGCAGCUGGCUCCCACGGAUCGACUUCUGCGGGAAUCGUUUGGUAAUGCGGUCUUCGAGGGCCAGCAGUACGCAGGUGUCGAUCCAGCGGCGGACGGCUACCAAACGAGCCAGCUGAGCGUCCUCAACUACGCACCCAAGUGGAUGCGGCCGCCAUGUCGGGCGGUGUUCGGCUUCGGGGCGCAACUGGCGUACGUUGUGGAGCAACCACCCGCGGGUUUCGUGCUGCAGCUGGAGUACGCUCUGGAGGACCUGGGGUACGUGGCUGAACAGGCGAUUCGACUGGUACAGCCCGGUUACGACUUGUAUCAGCAUUGCGUGGAACGAGCAGAGCGCGCCUCCUCUGCCGAUGAUGCGCAAGUCUGGCGGACACUAGCCGCACUCUUUGUCUAUGAUAGUCGAAGGGCACUGGUGGAAGUGCUCUGUGGCCCGAAUCUAGUGCCGAGCACUCCCCAGAUGCUGGAAGCAAACGCACAUAUUGUAGGCCUGGCGGCGAGUGUGCCGCCCCUGCAGCUCCAUCGCGUUGCUCCGGUUCUCACUGAGGCACAAGUCGCAGAGGCAGAGGCAGCGGCAGCGGUUGCGCAGGGAAGCGUUGUGGAUGCGGCUUCCGCUGCUGCUGCUGCUGUUGCUGCUGCGCAGCUUCAGCACUUGUCACCCGCAAGAGCGCAAACCAGGGACUGGACCAAGGCGGAAACCACUCCCGUUCCAGCACCAUGGGAUGCCUCAGCGCCCUGGGAGCAGACGCCGCACCAGGACACUGGCACCGAGUCGGUGUUGGAUGCACCGAGCAGCGGCGCUGCAGCCGCUACGGAGCACGACACCAGCGCUGCGUGGCCCGCUUCCAACGAGUCUGGCUGGUCGACUGCUGGUGCUGGUGCUGGUGCUGCAAGUCCAGAGCACGCCAACGCAGCGGCGGAGCAGACAAGCCUCCGCGCGUUGCUCAUUCGAGGACAACUCUCGACCGCUGCGGAGCGCUGCUUUGAACAAGGUCAAGAGGCGGAGGCGCUCCUGUUGGCUUCAUGCGCUGGCCCAGUGACCUGGACCCGAACGCUAUCCGCGUCCAUCCAUCGUGCUGGUAUCCAGGAUGCGACCACCAAGGCGAUCUUGUCGAGUCUGGUGCUCGGACGCUUCGACGAGCUCAUCUCGCAUGCAUCCGAUACUGACUGGCGUGACUUGUUGGCACUCCUGCUUCUGCAGGGAACGUAUGCGGAUAUCGUGACGGGAUGCACGCGACUGGCGGAGCGGUUGCACUCGCACGACACGACUGCAGCGCUGGUGUGCGCGCUCUGUGCCGGAGAUGUACCCCUGGCGACACGUCUCUGGAUGGAGGCAGGCUUUCGUGGGUACGAGCUACUCGAACGGAUGCUCAUUCUUCGUCAGGCGCUUGGUUUCGGGGCACCAUCCGGUGCAGCAACGGCAGUGCCGCUUGCCGCUGAAGCGCUCCAGGUCGUCGAGCAGAUCGCCACAGCUCUAGUGGAGCGAGGUGCUGUUCAGCUCGCGAGUGCUUUCCUGCAGGAGCUGGGCGUAGACGGCGAGCUGACGGACCGCGUCAAGCAGUUUCUGGGCUAUGCUGCCUCCGGUUUCGACAAGCAGAGUCGUCAGCCGGGCGCAAGUCAACGACCGGUAUGGACGGCGGCUAUGCAAGCAGCACCGCACAUGUCGAGUGCGGCCAAGCCGCCACAGCUGACGUUCACCAGCACCACCAGCGGCUAUCCGAAUGCGAACGACGCGCUGCGAAGCGGCACGUUAUCUGCAGCACCAGCACCAGCACCAGCACCAGCACCAGGAGGAGUAGGAGCGAGUAUCCGCAGCGGCGGUACGCGCCCGGCAGCGAACGGGUACUUGCCGCCGGCCACUGCCCCGAUGACAGCACCGCCUGUCGACACGAGGGCCCGGCUGCCGGCUGUAGCAACCUCAGCGGCAGCAACAGCCGCCACGGACUUGUCGUCGGCACACUGGAAAUCCUCAGAGACGCACGCGACGUGGAUGAAGCAGCUCGAUGCCGCGCCAGUGCAGACAGCGUACGAGCGGAGCGCUGGAGUGUCGUCUGCCGCAUGGCUGCCGAACAAGCACCCCCCGGGGACGAGCGCAUCAGCGACCUGGCAUACCGCUGGCGAUACCGCUGGCGCCGAGGCAAGGCAAGCGGUUCAUGCAGUAGCAGCAGGGCCGCCCACGCUAACCAGCAAAGCGCUGGCGGGAAACACGUCCCAGGCAGAUCGCUUGAACGCUGUAUCCUCGCCAGCGACGAGUGCCUCGGGCAGCGUCGACAGAGCUGGCGACGUGUCCGUCCUGGCGGUCGACGUCGCCGGUAUGCCGGCCGUGCCAAGACAGGUAGCAUUGACGCUCCAACGCAUCUACGAUGAAUGUGCGAAACGCGCAAUCAGCAGCAUCGAACGCAAGAAAAUCCAGGAUAUCGAUCGAAAGCUAGGCGUCUUGUUGACGCGACUGAAGCGUGGCGAGAUCACCGGGGACGCGCUCGCCAAAUUGCAUCGACUAUGCCAGGAACUCGAGCAGCAUCGUCUGAACGAAGCCAAUGUGAUCCACACGGAACUGACGCGGGAACACUACGACGGUAACUCGAUCUGGAUUAUGGCCCUGAAGCGGCUGCUCGAGGUGGCUGCUCGCGUAGGCAUUGCCUAG